AACAACAACAAACCCACAAACGCAAACAACUUGAGUGCAACCCAGCCACCAACAACAACAACAUAAAUCCACCCAGCACCACAACAACCAACCGCAACACCACAAAUCCUCCACCAUGCAGGCCAUCAAGUGUGUCGUCGUCGGCGAUGGUGCCGUCGGUAAGACUUGCCUCCUCAUCAGUUACACAACAAAUGCCUUUCCCGGCGAAUAUAUUCCCACCGUCUUCGACAAUUACUCAGCCAAUGUGAUGGUCGAUGCGAAACCAAUUAAUUUGGGACUCUGGGAUACGGCCGGUCAAGAGGAUUACGAUCGUUUGCGACCACUUUCCUAUCCGCAGACAGAUGUCUUCCUUAUAUGUUUUUCGCUGGUGAAUCCAGCCUCUUUCGAGAACGUACGCGCCAAAUGGUAUCCCGAAGUACGUCAUCACUGCCCCAAUGUACCGAUCAUAUUGGUCGGCACGAAGCUGGAUUUGCGCGACGACAAGGCGACCAUUGAGAAAUUGAAGGAGAAGAAACUGACGCCCAUUACAUAUCCGCAGGGUUUGGCUAUGGCCAAGGAGAUCGGUGCUGUUAAGUAUCUGGAAUGUUCGGCGUUGACGCAGAAGGGCUUGAAGACGGUCUUCGAUGAGGCCAUACGUUCGGUGCUGUGUCCGGUGAUGCGGGUCAAGCGUUCGCGCAAAUGUGCGCUGUUGUAAGUGCUACUAAUGGUGGUGUGUGGACGGACGCAGUGCGGCGAAGGUGUUGCCAACUUUUCAAGUGUAAGAUGUUUUGACGAAUUAGGCAAAAUCGCUUCGGCUUCUUGUUUUUUUUAAUAAUUUUUUGAAGAUCUAAAGACAAAUUUUGCAUGCAAUGAGUGUGUUUCUAUUAUUUUAGAAGCAAUGCUUUUACUUUUAGUACAUAUUGUUGUGUCUAUUAUGCUUUAGAAAUAUGUAAUAUGUCUGAUAGAAGCAGAAAGAAAGAAAGAAAAAACAGAAAGCGCAAAAAAAUAAAACUUAUUUAAGAAAAUGAAAAC